AUGGAUGCUAAACGUGGUAGGAUUCCGGCUGUUCCUAGCCAUCUUAUAGACGAUGAGCUGUUGAAUAAUAAAAAUCAAAUACGUGAUGUUUUGAAUUUUAAUGAAGCAGAGGGCAAAUGUAAUACCUCAUUGUUACCACACAGAAUUAUAAGUGUGAAAGAAGAUGUUGAUGAGUCCACGAAUGAAAUCACUUCAUUGGUAUCAGAAAAAAAUAUAAGUAAGAAAGAAGAUAAUGGUGAGUCCAUGAAUGAUUUAUUAGUGGCAAACAUUUUGAUAUCUGAUGAUCCUGGUACAUGGCCUGAUCAUUUGAACAAUAAAAGUAUAGAAAUUUUAAUAAUGCACCAUCCUGUUCAAGUGAAAAAUUAUAACUUUCCUUUAGAUGAAAUGAAUAGAAAAUUUUCUGAAAUUUACUAUUACCGUAAUAUGAGUAAUAGUGAAAAAAUCAUUUGA